GCAAUGUUUUAAUGAAGCUCAGCCAAGGAGACAGUGAUAUCAGCAGUACAAGGUGAAACCAAGUGCAGUGCCUAAACCAAGUCUGAAGAUCCCUUACUGUUCCACAAUAUUUAUGCCCUUACUGGCCAUAUUGUGUCUACCAUGUUUCCCUUACAAGGUUAAGAACCUUUAGUCAUUAAACAUGUGUGCUUCUCCUAUUGGAGGAUAAACAGUAAUUUCAUGCAUGUCAUGCUUGAAUUAACAGGACAUCUGUAGUGCAUUCCUCAGGCUAGUAAGAUUGUCUCUAUCAGGGAAGAGGCAAAAGCUACUAUCAGUGACCUUGGGCUUGCUUAGCCUGUAAUCCAGCCGUUUCCUCCCUAGCCUGAACUGACAGAGGCAGGAGAUAGUAUAGUGAACUAUGGCAGAGAAUUUACAGAGAGCAGUUCCUUUUUAGGAUUGUAAGUGACUCCUAAGUGACUAUAGCCAUGUUUCUGUCUCUUAUCUGUUGAUCAUAUCUCUACAUAUGGGGCAUAGAAGAAAUAACUUACAGAAGUGGCUCUUACACAUGUAACAUAACGCUGAAAGAUGUAAGAUACGUUGCUAUUGGCCAGCCUCAAUUGGAGUGACAGCGGGAGAUGGAGCGGGAGAAGAGAAAAAAAUCAGUGCACAGGUGUCACACUAGCUGAGCUGUGUGGUAUAGCUGCAAACUCUUCAACGGCAGCGCUUGCUACAAGGUCUUCACGGCGGUGGAGAUGGUCAGAAGACGCGACCAAAUUCAAGAAAUGACUAAUGAUGAAAAACAUCUGGUUCUCUUUGGGAAGAUUAGCUUCAUUAGAUACAGUGCGCUCCAAGAGAAGCCAGCAGAAAGAGCACCAGAGGACUGUCUACUUCCUUGAUGGACAGCAAAUAUGCCAAGGAAACCUUUCAGUUUCUGCAUGUGCCACCGUGCUGCUGGCAACAGCACAUUUCGAAAGCUGUCUGGCAGUUGACCCCCAACAUUGUCAUAACAGCGCCAUCUACCGCAGCUCCAACCUUCCAGACUGUGUGAAGUCUGCAAAGUUGAGGAAGCAGGAGCAACACCUCUGCAUUGUCGGCAUGGAGCGUCAGGCAUUCCAGGACAUGGUUAACAGCUGCAGAGCAACAGUUGGUGUGCUGGGUGUCAAGCUUGGGCCAAAUCCACCCUGUAGCCGAGACCUCACCAUGGACUACAGCUUUGACUAUGCGCAGCAGGUCCAUUACCCCAGUGACCCUCUCCAGCCUGGGCCGAUGUACUUUUUGGUUCCCUGCAAGUGUGGUGUUUUUGGAGUCUGCUGUGAGGGUGUGCCUCAGCAGUUCAACUACUUAAUUGAUGAGGGUCACUGUAUCAGCAAGGGCUCCAAUGCGGUCAUCGCCUAUCUGCACCAUUUCCUCUCCCAGUACGGGCUCGGGGAGAAACAUGUGCUGCACUGUGACAACUGCUCUGGACAGAACAAGAACAAGAAGUUCAUGCUGUGGUACCUGGCUUGGCAAUGUAUGGUGGGUCUUCAUGACAGCGUGCCCCUCAAUUUUUUAAAGCAUCGAAAGCAUCUGCCAGGCUGUGAGCUCCAGCACAUCAGAGAGCAAUGUGAACAUCCCCCAGCUGGUUGGCUUUGUGAAGACACACGACUGGCACAGCUUCCUCACUCCCAGCUUCAAGCCUUUGCCAGGUGUGAAGAAGUACCACCACUUCCACUUCACCAGUAUAGCCCCUGGAAUGGUCUUUGCCAAGGAGUUUGCCAACAUGGAGGAGGAGCCUUUCUUGCUCCUUUGCAAUGAAAGAAUCCUUGACCCUGAAGCUCUGCCCACUGUACAGAAACCACCUGGCCUGAAUGCGAUGCCUUAGUGGAAUCUGUACAACAGCAUCAGGGAGUUCUGCACUGAGGACACAAAAGACAUUGUCAUUGUACUACUGUAUGUUCUCUUUCAUCCUGUUCUCUCUCUCUUUCUCUCUCUCCCCCCUCUCCCCCUCUCUCUUUCUCUCUCAACCUAACCGGUUGUUGGUUCUUCUCCCGCUCCGCCGCCCACCCAGAGCCUGGUUCUCCUCAAGGUUUCUGCCUGUUAAAAGGGAGUUUUUCCUUGCCACUGUUGCCAACUGCUUGCUCAUGUAGACAAUGGUCUCUGUAAAUAAUAUUAUAAAGAAUACAGCCUGGACCUGCUCUAUCUGAUAACUUAGAUAACUUCUGUUAUGAUUUGGCGCUAUAUAAAUAAAAUUGAAUUGAAAUUAAUUGAAUUGGAGUCAGGGAUGUCUUUGUGUAGCGAAGUCUCCGUGAAACACACACAUUGCUCUCAAGAUACUCUCUCUGACUCCUCGACAGGGCUGCUAGUAAAAUGUUCUUAUAACUGCUGAAUUUUCCAUAGGGCUUCUGGAUUUUAGGAACAUGCUGAUGCAAUGGCUUGGUCAGCCGUGUUUUUUAUUUUGAAUAAAACGUAACUUUCCCAAAUUAAUGGCAAAUUAGGCCUACUUAAGAUAGUCAAGAACUAGGCAGAUUUGUGCAACAGAUAAAUGUAUCUCUCUGCUCUGUCUAUUAGUUAGAUCUUAGCCAUAAUCUUUGUCAAGCCGGCCCCUGGAAAAAUGGUAAUAGACUGGUAUUUUAGGUCCAUCCAUGGUCAGGUUCCACUGCACCGAAACAACUGGAUUGACCUUAAAAAAUACACAGGCAUGCACCAGAGGGAGGUUACGUAGGUUAACACACAAGCAAGGGUGUGGGAAACCCCAUAGGUUGCUUGUGAGCCAUGACCAACCAAGACAACCAACAAAACACUAUUUGGAAGAAUUGGCAUUGGUAGAACUGGCAAUCAUCACACUCAUUUGGAACUGAUGGAUGCAUUUUACAGUUUUCAAUGUCUGUUUGUUAGUAUCUUAGUUUUGGCUGUGCUGUGUUGUUAAAGUAAUUUAUCAAAACAAAAGAGACAGCAACACUUUCCGUUGAUGGAUCAGUGUACCUGCACCAAUAAAACAAUAGUUAUACUUGUUGUGUAAUUUAGGUUCUGUGAGGGUCUGCAUGAUGUAAAUGUUGUCAUUUACCACCGUUUACUAGUGUCCUUGCGGACUAUCAUGAUAUCCUCUCUUUUUCUG